AUCCAAACGAUUUGAGUGAAAAUAUGGUAAAUGUUUGGAUGAAAGGGAUGUUUAUUCUGUAAAUACAUUAUAAUAGCAGUGAAUGACUGUAUUGUCGAGUGUUUAGUGUUUAGUCUUUCUUAUGAUUAGUCCUUCAAUUGAUAUGAUUGUGAUCUGAAUGCAGACAUUCAAUGCAUUCAAUCGUUUCAAUUAAGUCUUAAUUAACGCUAUAUUAAUGUUCAAUGCGUUCACUCAUUGCUUAUAUCCUGUCAUUUGAAUGACUAUUACUUUAAUAAUCAGUUAAACGACUAAAUAAUAAUAAUUCAUAAAUUUAUUUAAAAAGCAUUUGUUUACAUAUUAUUAUAUAAUUAUUUUAAAGCCAAAAGUGAUUGACUGAUCGAUUGGUUAAAACAAUGGCUAAGAAGACAUACGACUUGUUAUUCAAGUUAUUAUUGAUCGGCGACUCCGGUGUCGGCAAGACUUGUAUACUCUUCAGGUUUUCCGACGACGCCUUCAAUACGACAUUCAUUUCCACAAUUGGCAUCGACUUUAAAAUAAAGACAAUUGAAUUGAGAGGAAAGCGAAUUAAACUUCAGAUAUGGGAUACGGCCGGACAGGAGAGGUUCCACACCAUUACAACUAGUUAUUACAGGGGAGCGAUGGGUAUUAUGUUAGUCUAUGACAUAACUAAUCCUAAGAGUUUCGACAAUAUCGCCAAAUGGCUCAGAAAUAUUGAUGAACACGCCAAUGAAGACGUGGAAAAAAUGAUUUUAGGAAAUAAGUGCGAUAUGGAGGACAAGCGGGUCAUCUCCAGAGAAAGAGGUGAAACCAUUGCCAGAGAGCACAGCAUUAGGUUUCUUGAAACCAGUGCUAAGGCCAACAUCAACAUUGAUAGAGCUUUCCUUGAAUUAGCCGAAGCCAUACUCAAUAAGCAAACGGCUGGUCAGAAUCCAUCGGAAAACACUGAUAAAGUGAAUGUUUCGCGACAGGACGUUAAAGUGGGCUCCAAGUGCUGUAAUUUAUAAUUGAAUAUAAUUGCACUUAAAUUUAAAAUUAGUUUGUUUUUAAAACUGUUACUAAACACUAAACAUUAGACAACAUUUAGACUUUUAUCAUCGUUUCGUUUUUAUUUAAUGUCAGACUAAACCUAAAACUCAUCGUAUGUUUCAUGUAUUUUGAUAAGGAGUUUGAAUCUGAAAUGACAAUAAUUUUGUAUUGUAUUGUAGUUUUAAUUGUAAUUAUUGUAUAUAUAAUUGGAUUGAUUGUACAAAACUGUAUUUUGUUCCCAAAUUACUCAGUUUAUCGAUACAAUUAUUGAAUAAUUUCUGAGUCAAACACUUUAAACCAUUGAUAGAUUCGCUUUUAAAUUAUUGACUCUCUCUUUGAUUGUCGAUUUGAUUUCAAGUCAAUCACAUUAUAAGAUCAAAUCACAUGUGUUGGGAGUGAGAGAGUGAAUGUCAGACAGUUGUGAUAUUACGGUCUCACUAUUUAUAUGAAGUUAUUUUUCAAUUAACUUUAGUCUUAACAAC